AUGUUAUCGGUGGCUCCACUGCCUGUCGAGGAAUCCCAACCAGGGCCGAAGAGGGCCAGGAUGAGCUUUCGUCCCGUUAUAAGCUUUUCAGAGGAAGAUAAGAUCAGGACCAUCCAACCCCACGAUGAUGCAUUGCUAAUCACCCUCCGAAUCGGGGACUACGAUGUGAAAAGGGUAAUGGUGGAUGGCGGCAGUGCGACUGAGGUUAUGUAUCCCGACCUAUACAAGGGGCUGGGGUUAAAGCUGGAGGACUUGAUGCCCUACAACUCCCCUCUGAUGAGCUUCGACGGGAAGCUUGUCAUUCCAAAGGGCAUGAUUAGGCUGCCUAUCCAGACCGGCUCGGAAAUAGUGGAGGUGAACUUCAUCGUGGUGGACACCUACUCUCCCUAUACAACCAUUGUCGGUAGGCCCUGGCUCCAUACCUUAGGGGCUGUCACUUCCUUGUUGCACCAAAAGUGA